AAGUGGCCUCGCUCUUUGUUUAGAAAAUUUGGUGCAGCUCAAGCAUCACGAUGGACGUGGGAAACCAGCAAGCACAGGAAGGAGUCAUUCGCUCGCAUAUUGACCUUGCAGAGGCAGCGGCUAACGGCUCUCGUGGAAUGGUUGAGUUUCUGCUGGACAACGGCAUGCACAUUGAUACCCCAGGAAAAGAUGGGACGACGCCACUGUGUGCUGCUGCUCUGUGGGGAAACGAUGCCAUGGUCGCUUACUUGCUCGACAAAGGCGCAGACGUAUCUGCUAGAAACGAAGGCACGGGGUGGACAGCUUUGCAUGCAGCUUCGUUUCAAGAACACGGGAAGGUCGUUCGAAUCCUCUUGGGUCAUAAAGGUGAUCCGAAAAUGGUCGACGCAGAAGGGAGAAGAGCAGUGGACUACGCCAGCAUCUCGGAGGCUAUUUGGCCAUUCUUCGCCGCACAAGGAUGUACCAAGAGUUCAAAGUCGGACCUUAUCGCGAAAGGAAUCAUUCGUAAAAUACAGGAACGGCCUGAACAGAUGCAAGCAAAUGACAAAUCCGAGAGUAUCUCGUCUUUCUCCCGUCCUGGGUCCUCCUACAUAAGAGCGCAGAUGUAUCCACCGCUCAUACGUCAGCAAAGUCCCGCAAUCAAGUCGCGUGAUGGACGGAUAUUUACCGGCCCCAUUGAUCCUCUCGGUGAUAUGCCUGCCGAGCGCGAAUCGAACCAGCGGAGCCCGUCACUGAAGAGGUUGGGCAUCUAGAGAUCGAGUGUAGCAAGUUGAAGUGUGCUCUGAAGUAACAGUGUCUUUUCGACCAAUGAAUUUGCUUGAUGCAUAAAAAAGAUGGUAUGCAGUAAUAUAGGUUUAUCUUAUUUUUCGGG